UUUUGUUCAUAACACAGAGCCCUUCAGUCAUGUCAGACAAAGGAAAAGACGUCGAUUUAACCAGAGCCAAACAAAAUACGGGAGUCUGGCUGGUGAAGGUUCCCAAAUAUCUUUCUCAGCAAUGGGCAAAAGCAUCUGGGCGAGGAGAAGUAGGCAAACUCAAAAUUGGGAAAGCUCAAGGAAAGACUGUGGUGUCUUUCAAUCUGAGUGAGGAUCUGACAGUUGUGGAGUGCUCUGGGGAGAAGGUUUCGUCUGUGCGCAGCCCUAGAGAACAUCCCUUCACCAUGCAGACGGUGGGAGGUCAGAGCCUCGCUGUCUUUACAGAGAGCUCAGACAAGCUGGCUCUUGAAGGCAUGGUUGUUCAGCGAGCUGAAUGCAGACCUGCAGUCAGUGAGAGCUACAUGAAAUUAAAGAAGCUGCAGAUUGAAGAAUCCACCAAACCUCUUCGUUUUUCUCAGAAGCUUGAGAAAGCAAUCACAACCAAUUACAAACCUGUGUCCAACCACAGCUAUAAUUUGGAAUAUGAGAAGAAAAAGAAAGAAGAAGGCAAGCGCGCAAGAGCUGACAAACAGAAGGUUCUGGAAAUGCUCUUCUCUGCCUUUGAGAAGCACCAGUACUACAACAUCAGAGACCUGGUGGACAUCACAAAGCAACCGGUGAUUUACCUGAAGGAGAUUCUCAGGGAGAUCGGCGUGUACAAUCCUAGAGGGCCUCAUAAGAGCACCUGGGAGCUGAAAUCAGAGUAUCGCCACUAUGAGGAAGGACAGGAGGAGGAGGAGGAAAAAAUGGAGUAAUCCAGUUUACAUAAGCCUGGGGGUCUGUUUUGUUUCAUGCAACUGUUGUUUCUUUCUGUGCCAGAUUUUUUUGGUCUCUUAUUCGUAGACCUUGUUAACUCUAAGGUGGAAUGGAUGUCAGUAGAAAAGAAAUGAAGAUAUACUUUUUUUCUUGGGUUACAUAAAGUGUUUCUCUAAGAGCAUUAUGAAAUGAAUACUUCAAUUUGCAUAUGACUCUUGCAUUCUUCUGAGUUAAGAGCACUUGUGUGUUAUGG